GGUGGGAGAGGAAGCUUGUCAGUCUCUCCCGUAAAACCAGUGCUGCAUGCGCUGCUCUCUCCCGGCUUUUGUCUCAGCGGCUCAAGACUCACAGCGUCACUCGAGCGGUUUCUCAAAAUGAAACGAGCCUGGUUAAUAGGUCUGCUUUUCGCACUUUUUGCCUUCGCUGCUGUGAAGGCAGAGGAUGAACUUGACGUGGACGGGACAGUGGAGGAUGACUUGGGUAAAAGCAGGGACGGCUCAAAAACAGACGAUGAGGUGGUGCAGAGAGAGGAGGAGGCUAUCCAGCUGGACGGUUUGAAUGCGGCUCAGAUAAAGGAACUCAGGGAAAAGUCUGAAAAACACGCCUUUCAGGCUGAAGUCAACCGUAUGAUGAAGCUGAUCAUCAACUCCCUCUACAAGAACAAGGAGAUCUUCCUUAGGGAGCUCAUUUCCAACGCCUCGGACGCUCUGGAUAAGAUCCGCUUGAUGUCUCUGACCAAUGAGAAUGCAAUGGCCACCAACGAAGAGCUGACCAUCAAAAUUAAAUCUGACAAGGAGAAGAACAUGCUCCACAUCACUGACACUGGUAUUGGAAUGACCAAAGAGGAGCUGGUUAAGAACUUGGGCACCAUCGCCAAGUCUGGCACCAGCGAGUUCCUCAGCAAGAUGACGGAGAUGCAGUCAGAGGGACAGUCCACCUCAGAGCUGAUCGGACAGUUCGGUGUGGGUUUCUACUCUGCUUUCCUCGUCGCCGACAAGGUCAUCGUGACAUCCAAGCACAACAACGGCACCCAGCACAUCUGGGAGUCAGACUCUAAUCAGUUCUCCGUCAUUGAGGACCCCCGCGGGGACACGCUGGGAAGAGGAACCACCAUCACACUGGUCCUGAAGGAGGAGGCCUCCGACUAUCUGGAGCUGGAGACAAUCAAGAACCUCGUCAGGAAAUACUCUCAGUUCAUCAACUUCCCCAUCUACGUCUGGGCCAGCAAGACUGAGACGGUUGAAGAGCCCAUCGAGGAAGAUGCUGAGGCAGCAGAGGAGGCAGAGAAGGAACCUGCUGAAGACGAGGCUGAGGUGGAGGAGGAAGAGGAGGAGGACAAAGACAAGCCAAAGACAAAGAAGGUUGAGAAGACCGUGUGGGACUGGGAACUGAUGAAUGAUAUCAAGCCUAUCUGGCAGAGACCAGCUAAGGAGGUUGAGGAGGACGAGUACAAGGCUUUCUACAAGACCUUCUCAAAGGACAGUGACGACCCUCUGGCUCACAUCCACUUCACAGCUGAGGGUGAGGUUACCUUCAAGUCCAUCCUGUUUGUGCCCACUGCAGCUCCCCGUGGCCUGUUUGACGAGUACGGCUCCAAGAAGAACGAUUACAUCAAGCUGUUUGUCAGGAGAGUUUUCAUCACGGACGACUUCAACGACAUGAUGCCCAAGUACCUGAACUUCGUCAAGGGAGUGGUUGACUCUGACGACCUUCCCCUGAAUGUCUCCAGAGAGACUCUGCAGCAGCACAAACUGCUCAAGGUUAUCCGCAAGAAGCUGGUCCGUAAGACUCUGGACAUGAUCAAGAAGAUCGCAGAGGAGCAGUACAACGAAAAGUUCUGGAAGGAGUUUGGAACCAACAUCAAGCUGGGAGUCAUCGAGGAUCACUCCAACAGGACCCGUCUGGCCAAGCUGCUGCGCUUCCAGACCUCCAACAGCGAAACGGUCCUGGCCAGCCUGGAGCAGUACGUGGAGCGCAUGAAGGAGAAGCAGGACAAGAUCUACUUCAUGGCUGGUACCAGCAGGAAGGAGGCUGAGUCAUCUCCCUUCGUAGAGAGGCUGCUGAAGAAGGGCUACGAGGUGAUCUACCUGACGGAGCCUGUGGACGAGUACUGCAUCCAAGCGCUGCCCGAGUUUGACGGAAAGCGUUUCCAGAACGUGGCCAAGGAAGGAGUCAAGUUCGAUGAGGGCGAGAAGGCCAAGGAGAAGAGGGAGGCCCUGGAGAAGGAGUACGAACCACUCACCACUUGGCUGAAGGACAAGGCCCUGAAGGACAAGAUCGAGAAGGCCGUCCUCUCUCAGAGGCUAACCAACUCACCUUGCGCUCUGGUUGCCAGUCAGUACGGCUGGUCAGGAAACAUGGAGAGGAUCAUGAAGGCACAGGCCUACCAGACAGGAAAAGACAUUUCCACAAAUUAUUAUGCCAGCCAGAAGAAAACACUAGAAAUUAACCCCAAACAUCCUCUUAUCAAGCAAAUGCUGAGCAGAGUCAAUGAUGAUGCCGAGGACCAGACUGCGUCAGAUCUGGCCGUGGUUCUGUUUGAGACGGCCACUCUGCGCUCAGGCUAUCAGCUGGCUGACACAAAGGCCUAUGGAGACAGGAUAGAGCGAAUGCUCCGACUCAGCAUGAACGUGCCCCUGGAAGAACAGGCAAAGGAACCAGCAGACGAUGAAUCUAAAGAUACAGAGGAGGUUCCAGAUGAGGAAGAUGAUGAAACGCAAACCGGUUUUGUCCACAUUCAUAGACUGAUAACAGGAAUGAGUAUAGAAAUUCCUGAAGGACUGACGGAGCUGUUACAGAGCUUUACCGUGGAAGUGCUAAGGAAUCAGCCCAGGGAUUUGCUCGAGUUUGCGUUACAGUACUUCACCCAGCUGAAGGACAGCGAGACCAAAGAGGCCGCGUUUGGCAAUGACCAAAAUUCGGCCCCGAGACCUGGAAAAGCGGUCAAUUUCAUUGACGAAGCCAUGCAGAUCGAUUCGGAAAACGGAGAGGAAGACGACGACGAUGACGAGGAAUUCAUAGCACCAGUGAUAAACAGAUUCAUCAGGAGAGCAUCGGUGUGUGCUGAGGCGUUCAAUCCCGAUGAAGAUGACGAGGAUAAAGAGUCAAGGGUCACCCACCCAAAAACCGACGAGCAGAGACAGAGGCUACAGGAAGCAUGUAGGGACAUUCUUCUGUUCAAGAAUCUGGAUCCAGAAGAGAUGUCUCAGGUGCUGGAUGCCAUAUUUGAGAAGUUCUGCACAGAAGGGGAGCACAUCAUUGAUCAAGAUGAUGAUGGGGACAACUUCUAUGUUAUUGAAAGCGGGACGUUUAACAUAUUCGUAAAGGUUGACGGUGUGGAGAAGCUGGUAGGCUGCUAUGACAACAGAGGCAGCUUUGGAGAGCUGGCGUUGAUGUACAACACCCCCAGGGCAGCCACAAUAAUCGCCACCUCGCCUGGAGCCCUUUGGUGCCUAGAUCGUCUGACAUUCAGGAGGAUCAUAGUGAAGAACAACGCCAAGAAGAGGAAGCUGUACGAGGCAUUCAUUGAGACACUACCACUGCUUACAUCUUUAGAGCUGUCAGAGAGAAUGAAGGUGGUAGACGUGCUUUCCACCAGGGUGUACAACGAUUCACAGCAGAUUAUCGCUCAGGGUGACUUAGCAGAUUGCUUCUACAUUGUUGAAUCUGGCCAAGUCAGAAUCACCAUGAAAAGAAGCCGGUCAAAAAAAGACCAGGAGGAAGAGGAGGUGGAAAUUGCCACAUGCACUAGGGGCCAGUAUUUUGGGGAGUUGGCUCUUGUCACAAACAAGCCCAGGGCUGCAUCUGCCUAUGCUGUGGGGAAUGUCAAAUGCUUGGUGAUGGACGUUCAGGCCUUUGAGAGACUGCUAGGCCCGUGCAUGGACAUCAUGAAGAGAAACAUUGCUAACUAUGAGGAGCAGCUGGUCACCCUGUUUGGAAGUAGCCCUGAGAUUGAGCAACAAACUGCAUGAGACGACUCCAAUGGACCGUGAAUGGGCGGGAAGAAGAAGAAGAAGAAGAAAAAAAAACAACAAAAGGCUCGUAUGGAUGUUUUCCCCAAAACCACUUACAACACGGCUUUUGCUACAAGAAAUGUGGAAAUGUGAACACCCACUACACUACAACAUUCGAGUGUCAAAUAAAUUAACAGACUAGAUUCGCGAAAGGUUUGUCUGAGUAGAGUUUUCCAGAGUUAAAGCUUGAAGCUUGUUUAAAUUACAUUUCUCACGACUCUCACCUUAAAAAUGUAAGUGUACAUUUUACUUGUCAGUGUCAGAUGCAUUAUUUGUUUGUACAUUAAACACUAAAAGGGGACAGUUUACAAAAUCAAUUCUAAAUGUUGUUCCUUUGGCCCGCAGUGCUAUUCAUCCAUCCGGAUUGUUUUGGAGACACUUGUUGUUUUUUCAAGAUAUCAGCCAAAGAGAUUUCAGCCUUCUCUCAAAAAUAAUUGAAUCAGAUGACACAGCCGGUGGCGCUCAAAGCAAUACAAUAAUACAUUUGAAAAAAGAAAAAUAAGAGCUGCGUCUUUUUCUGAAAGUCAUGACACGGGUACUCAAGAAAAUCAAGAAAAUUGAGAGCAAUUUCAUGUCGGAACCGUCUUCUGUGUAACUACACCUGCCAACUGUAUCAACGCGCAGAGGGAAGGAUUGAAGCUGCUGCUGCGAUUAGCCAAAGGUCGUCUCUUAUUAUGGGAAGAUAUUUGCUUCUUUGAGUCUAGUGUUGCGUAUAGUGAGGUAGACAGAAAACACUUCCAUGACACAACUCCUCACAACAAGGCCUCUGGGUCUUGGCUUCCGUAAAGAGACAAUACUAAUGGGUUUUCCCGAUUUUUUGGCGCCUUGAGCAUCGCUCGCCAAGCACCAUCUAAUUCCAUUAUAUUUAAGAAAAGGCAGAAAUCUCGACGCCUGAUGUCUCUGACACCCAAAUGAAAGCAAUCUCGAUGGAUGAAAUGCACUACAUGCAGAGAUGUGAACUGUCCCUUCGAUUCUCUCCACUGUGUUAUGGCUACACCUACAGUAUGAUAUUGUUUGUAAAUUUCUAAAUAUUAUUUGUUUAAAUUAAGAUGCCAAAGCUAAUUUCUUACUGGAUAAUCGUGAGCGGAUAAGUCAGAUACUCUUGUCGCAGGACGCGCGCCGGUACAGAAGCCCCAACACGAGGAAGGACAAACAGUUUUUAAAGGACAUUAAUUUAAAUAACAUUUCUUGCCUUUUGAUUACAUCAGAAUGUAGACUUGGCAGGACCUUAGCAUUUUUACAAAAAUACAUUUCUGUUCACCGUAAGAUCGAAUCCCUUGAAAACAUGCCCAUAAACUGUAUAUCAUCGUUGGUAAGUGUUUGUGGCAGUUAGCCUAUUACUAUGCUUUUACAUGAAAGCAAACUUCAGAGAGACGGCUGAUAGUUUUGUAAGAAUAUACAACACUGUACAAUUUUAAAACUAUUUACUGUUAUUAUAUAGGCCCACUUUUAACUUAAUCAUUCGCCCUGCUAGACCGUAGUCAUUUUUGGCAAUGUCUUGAGACAGUUGAUUUUUCUUUCUGUGUUUUAACGUAAAAUUUAAGUCUAUUGUUUUUGUGUAAGUGAAACAUACAUUAUUAAGAUAUACAUUAUUGCUGUCUACCUCUGCCAACAACUUAUACUGUUUCCUGCCCAACAGGAAUCUAAAGUGGGUUUUCUCUCUUCUUCUCUCUCUUUCCCUCUCUCCAUUUUUAAACGACUGAAGUCUUUGUGUAUUUUGUCCGCAGCUUAAAUUGUUUAAAACUGGGUAAACAUUUAAAUGUGCUAAUUUUAUUUCCCCCUGGUAGUACUGCUAACUUUUGAAGGCAAACCCACAAUACUGGCUAAAAGUACUGUAUGUUUCACUUUUCAUGUCAAUAAAGAACAUUUUAUAUUU